AGAGCCCUGUCUCCUGGGCUGCAGGGUGGAGGCAGGGAGAGGGAGGUACUUCUGUCUAACCCAACUGAUCGCCCCCUUCUUAUGGCAGGUACCCCUUUCCCCAGCUGCCCCUUAACUCUGUUCCCAGAAGGAUGCUCCCUUCCAUGAUGGGUGUGUCUGUCCUGCUGCUGCUCCCAGCCCUGGGACUAGCUGCUCCCAAGGAUGGGGCCACAAGGCUCCAGCGUGAGGAUGGCACACUGCAGCUGCAGCAGCCCCUGCCCAACCCCUUCCUGCCUGGCCAGGAGCAGCUUGGACUCCUGCGGAGCUACCUCAAGGGACUAGAGAGGAUGGAAGAGGAGCCGGAACACAUGAGCCGGGAGCAGGUUCUCCUCUACCUCUUUGCCCUCCACGACUUCGACCAGAGCGGACAGCUGGACGGUCUGGAGUUGUUGUCCAUGUUGGCAGCAGCCCUGGGCCCAGGAGCCUGGGACUCCCCGUCCGCCAACCCGGCGAUCCUGGUGGUGGACAAGGUGCUGGAGACCCAGGAUCUGAAUGGGGAUGGGCUCGUGACUCCGGCGGAGCUCAUCAACUUCCCGGGCCAGACCCCCAAAGAGCCCCUUGCCCCUGCGCCCCAGGAGCCCCUGCCACCUAAAAUCCCAUUAGGACAGGAUAUGCCCGAGGCCCCGGGUCUCACAGAAGCUGGGGAAGAGGCAGAGGGCAGGAGGGAGCCUUUGGAAGCUGUACAGGAGGCCAGGGGGACAGCCGAGGCAGAAGGAGAUGGCCCAGGACCCGAAGGGGAUGCUGGGGACCUUGCAGAUGCCGGGGACACCGCAGAGGCAGCUGAGGAACUUCCGGAGGAAGCUGCAGAGUCCCAGGAUGCCCCUCGGGAGUCUGAGGCCCACACCAUCCAGCUGGAGAAUGACGAGAUCUAACCUUGACAUCAGCCUCAAGAGGAGCCCAAGGCAGAGGAUGGGCAGGGAUGAGGGCCGCCUGCCAUCCCCUCCUGGGCCCAGCAGGUGGCGGGUCUGCCUGUAGCGCUCAGCUUUACAGGCCCAAACAGCUAAUAAAGAUCGGGAAGAAUGUG